AAAAAAUCUAUAUUAAUUUAUCAUUCUGAACAAGAUUCAACUGCUUCACAGUUGUCAUGUGUGUGUUGACUGAUUAUGAGCCUUAAAAGUCACCUUCUCCAAACUAUAUGAAUAGAAAUAGAAAUGCUUCACAAUCAUUUAUUGGUUGAUAUUACUGAAAAUGGGAAAUACACAAGGAACCUAUCAUUUCCUUUUUCUUUUCCUGAUCUUAGCUGCUUUAUCAUCUCAAGUUUAUUGUGUUUCUAGUGAUUUUCCAAUAUUAGACAGACCAAAUGAGUUACUUUCAGAAGAAAGAAUUUUCCAACUUUUCCAAGAAUGGAAACAGAAGCAUGAGAAACUUUACAAGAAUGAGAAAGAGGAAGAAAUGAGACUGGAGAAGUUCAGAAGGAAUGUGAAGUAUAUAGUAGAAAAGAACUCAAAGAGGAAGUUAGAUUCAGACCAUUUGGUUGGUUUGACCAACUUUGCUGAUAUGAGCAAUGAAGAGUUCAGGCAAGUUCAUACUUCAAAGAUUAAGAUACCAUUUGACAAGAGAAAGACUAUUCAGAUGAAGAAUGUGGAAAAAAAACCAACUCCAGUUUAUUGUGAUGCUCCUCCUUCAAGGGAUUGGAGGAAAUAUGGGGCUGUCACUGAGGUCAAGGACCAACACCUCUGCGGAGCUUGCUGGGCAUUUUCAGCAUGUGGAGCGAUGGAGGGAAUAAAUGCAAUAGUUACUGGUGAACUUAUUAGCCUUUCUGUCCAACAACUUAUUGAUUGUGAUAAUUCAACCAAUUUGGGCUGUUACGGUGGAUAUAUGGACCCUGCUUUUGAAUGGGUGAUGAACAAUGGUGGCAUUGAUUCAGAUUCUGAUUAUCCAUACACUGUCUCUCAAGGCGCAUGCAAUAUAACCAAGGUGAACCAAAAGGCUGUAACAAUUGAUGGAUACCGAGAUGUUCCACAGGAGGAAAGUGCCCUUCUUUGUGCUGUUGCUCAACAGCCUGUUAGUGUGGGCAUAGAUGGAUCGAGUGCUGAUUUUCAAUUAUACAGAGGGGGAAUCUACGAUGGAAGUUGCUCUAGUAAUCCAGAUGACUUAAGCCAUGGAGUACUAAUAGUAGGAUAUGGUUCUGAAGGAGAUGAUGAGUAUUGGAUAAUCAAGAACUCGUGGGGUACAUCAUGGGGAAUGGAGGGGUAUGGAUAUAUAAAAAGAAACACUGAUUUGCCUUAUGGUGUUUGUGCCAUUAAUUCAUUGGCUUCUUAUCCAACGAAGGAACUGGCUUCUGCACCAUCUCCUUAUCCGUCUCCAGCCGUUCCACCACCUCCCUCUCCACCCCCUCCACCACCUCCUUCUCCACCACCUCCACCGCCUCCCUCUCUACCCCCUCCACCACCUCCUUCUCCACCGCCUCCCUCUCCACCCCCUCCACCCCCUCCACCGCCUUCUCCGAAACCAAGUGAAUGUGGAAACUUGUAUUAUUGUCCAGAAGAUCAAACAUGCUGCUGUGAGUUGGAGUUCUUUGGAAUUUGCUUCAUUCAAAGCUGCUGUCCUCAUAAAAAUGGUGUUUGUUGUGAUGGAUCAGAAUACUGCUGCCCAACUGAAUAUCCCAUUUGUGAUGUUUAUGAAGGCCUCUGCCUCAAGAGGGUUCAAGACACUCUGGGAGUGGCAGCAAAGAAUAGAAGAAUGGCCAAAUACAAGUUACCAUGGAGUACAAGCACUAAAGAAACAGAGGAUAUGGACCAAACUCUGAAAUGGAAGAGGAAUCAUGUUGCCCCAAUGCUCUGAAAUAAACAAUUCUUAUCAUCCCACUUAACAUUCUCAAGAAUAAAAUUUGAUUCCUUAAUAUAUCUUGCUGAAGCAAAGUGAAUUUCUUGAAAUUAAAGAGCUGGAAAAAGAGUUAUGUAGUGGAUCCGGAUACUUGUUAGAAAUUACUACAUAAGAAUUCUUCUUCUUCUUCUUCAUCUUAUGUAGUAAUUAAACGACUAUGGCUUUCGAGUGUUAUGUUGUGUACAUUCUUGAAAAAGUUGUUGAUUUAUAAUACUUCAUAUGUAGUAAUUUCUUUGGCUGUGACAACUGACAACUAAGAGUGUAUAAUCAUGGGAGUAUAACUUUUUUUUCAAUUA